ACCUUCUUUAUCAAUCUUUCUCAGUGAAUACACAAAAUGCUAUUAACCAUAUUCUUUUGAAAAAUUUUGAUUUUCGUAUUCGUAAGGUCUUCUGUAAAUCCUAUAACACGUAAAGAAAUUGGCCCUCAAUAUCCUCAGACUUCAGACAUUUACUAGCGUUGUCAUUAGUUUUUCGAGGUCACUCGACCAUAUUUAAGAAAGUAAAGAAGAUUGAACAUUUUAACUCCUUUCUUACUGCAUUCAUACAAGAUCAUUUUUUUAGUUUUUUUUAAUUUCUGAAAUCUGAAAUUAUUUGUAGGCCGUGAAAAAAACUACUUUUGGUUAUUCACAUCCUUGUUAUUUAUCGAGGGUUUUAAUAGAAAACCCUUAGAUACAAAUCCGUAAAAGCUUCUAUAAAGCACUUAUCUUUAAAUACGUAGUACCUUAACAGGACAUGAGACAUGACCGGGUCUGCGUUCUCAGAAGAAUUCAUUGACUACUACGAUGUAUUAGGAAUCGAAAGUACAAGUGAUUAUGUUCAAAUCCGUCAGCAAUAUUUAAAACUAGUUUUACGUUUCCAUCCUGACAGAAAUCCAGGUCGAGAGCAGGACGUGAUUCCACACUUUCAGUUGAUUCAACGAGCACACGAAGUUUUACGAGAUGGAAAAUUACGGGAAUUAUAUGAUCAAAAACGGCUUUUAGAACUGGGAAGGUUAGAUGGAUUGUCACGGUUUCGCCCUAAAAAAACAGAUAGUACUUCUCCGAAUAGAAAGAACCCUAAUAUAACAUCAAAAGUGAGCUCAAAAGUUUCAGAAUACUUUUCCAAAAAUAAAAGAAAGGGUGAUUUAGGUAAUGAACGCGUAUAUGGAUCUCCGUACCGUCCUUCGUCGUCCUCUGAUAGACAGAGAUAUUCGUCGUCGUAUCUCAUGAGGACUCCCAUCUCUAGUCCAAUUCAAGUAAUAAACCAUGAAGAUCAGAAAGGAUUAAACUUCUCCCCAAAUGACAGCUCCCGUGAGCGAAAUUCAGCAAAUAAUACUAAUGCUAACAACCGAUUUCAACCUCUCUCCAAGUUUGAGGCAAAGCUUUAUUUAGAAUCUUUACGAGAAAAGCGACGAUCAUUCAGUUCAACUCCUAAAUCUGAUAGUACCUCUUAUACUCGUUCUCCUAUUUCUGCUUCAAGUUCUCAUUCACAAUUUUCAUAUCCUGAUCAAGAAAAACCUUUAUCACAUCCUAGACCUCCGAAAAGUCCUGAAUCAUUUUCGUCUCCGCUCAAAUCUCUUUCUCCAUCUCCUCGUUUACCUCAGCAUUAUAAACACAAUGUCCGUCACCAUCGUCCGACCUCCAUCUCAACCGAUUUUAGGUCGAUUUCGAGCUAUCAUCCUAAUCACAUAGCAGUGGGAAAAAUAGUAGAAAACCAAGAUGACUUUUUAAAGCCUCCCGAUUCCGCUAAUUCUGUUUCCUCAUCAUCCGAAUACCAUAAUGAGCUUCAAAAUGUUUUACGUUCUUUAGAAAGGGAAGAAGAAUUUGAAGACGAAAUAACUCAAUUACUUCCUAAUCCACCAACCUUCCCUCAAAUUAAAGCUCCAGUUCCUCCCCAGUUACCAACUGACAUUUCAAAUGAAACCAUUGAUAAAUAUUUUCAGGAUUUCGAAAUAUAUCAAAGGAAAUGGUCUUCCUACUCUUUGAUAUAUACUCAGUUUUUAUUUCAUUGGCAAAUAUUCAAGAAUAAAUGCUUCCAGUUAGACCUCAUGAAUACCCCAGGUCAUAGUAGACUUAUACGUAACUGGCAGGAGGGAACUCGAAGUGCUAAGGAGUUUUUUUUAUUUGAAGAAAUGCAUUACACUGCAAUUUCUGAUUUGACGUCCUUCAAAGAAUCUUUAUUCUCGUCCCUCAACCUAUAGUUUCAACCCAAGUUUUAGCAUAAUACAUGUUUAUAUAUUUAUUUUUCUUCAUUUUUUCCAUAAAGUAAAAAAAAGGCUUAACUUAUUAGUCUCACUAUCAUUUACUAGAAAUCUGUUUCUCUCCAUUCGCUUUCUC